AUUCAAUCUGAACGAAACGUCUGCGGUACUUUCAAGCCCCCAAUUUGCGCUGUACGGUGCGGUCUUUGGUUUUCGACGGCACAAAAACCAAUCAAGUUCGCCAGUAACAAAUAGUAAACAAAUACAGCAAAGCGGGAAAAAAAUAUAUAUGUAAAGCAAAAAAGAACUGGAAAGAGGCAACAAUUGAAUGAUAGUGGAACGCUAGCGGAAUUAUGAAAGAAUUGGGUGAAUAAAAGCAAACGGCAAACGAACUCUUAAAAGGCAAAAAGAGAAGGCCAAAUACUAAAAGAGUUAGAGAAAGUUAAAGCUGACGAAAACGGAGCAUAAACAUGAACAGCGAUGAGGUGCAACUGAUCAAGAAGACCUGGGAAAUCCCCGUGGCAACACCCACAGAUUCCGGAGCGGCGAUACUGACGCAGUUCUUCAACCGCUAUCCGUCCAACUUGGAGAAGUUCCCCUUUCGAGAUGUUCCAAUGGAGGAGCUAAGUGAAAAUGCUCGUUUCCGAGCCCAUGCCGGCAGGAUCAUUCGAGUCUUUGAUGAGUCCAUCAAGGUUCUGGGACAGGAUGGUGAUCUGGAGAAGCUGGACGAGAUCUGGACCAAGGUGGCCGUCAGUCAUAUUCCGCGGACCAUUACCAAGGAGUCGUACAAUCAACUGAAAGGCGUUAUCCUGGACGUGCUGACCGCUGCCUGCAGUCUGGACGAGAGUCAAGCGGCCACGUGGGCCAAGCUGGUGGACCACGUCUAUGGCAUCAUAUUCAAGGCGAUCGACGAUGACGGCAACGCCAAGUAGAGAGGGUGGAGGAGGCACCUGCAGCAGAUGCAACCGAUUCCGAGGAUGCACCUGAUGCCGGCGGUGGCACUUGCAACACAUGCACAGCUUAUGUAGUUCUAAGUAAUUGAUAAAUGUUAGCUAUUCUCGUUUUGUAAUGAAUGCGAAUGUCCAAAGCAAACCACACACAGUGGCAACUUAUGUCUGCGUAGAGCUACUCUCACACACGCACACCCCACACACACCCCCACUUGCAUUGCUCUGUAAAGCUAUAACCCAUUGUCAGCCUUAAGCACUUGAUAACAAAAGAAUAAAUGAAAUCAGCAAAUAAGAAAUAAAGAAGCUUAUGAACAAAA